UGGGUGAAGGCCCUGGGGCUUCUCAUUGACUCGCAUGACGUUCAUGUUUCUAGAAAUACCGUGUUUUAGAAAAUAGAGAUAGAAAGAAGUCAACAGGAGGCACGAGAUCUUAGAAGCCCCGGAUCUGAAAUCUGGGGCUCCUCGCUCAGGAUCCCCCCACCCCGACCCCCCGAGUGUUUUUCCUUCUGCCCCAAGUUGUGAUUAUAGUUGAAGAAAAAGGUGAAAUAGGAAGAAUGCUGGGCAGGGAGUAAUGAGGAGGCCCAGACUGGGGACCUAGCCCUACCACAGAUUGACUGUGUGGCCUUGUGCGUGUCACUUCCCCUCUGGGCCUCGGUGUUUCCCUUUGUAAAUGGAGAGGUUGGACUGGGGUGAUGUCUAAGAUCUCUUCCAGCUCUGAGGUUUGAUUGUGAGUUCACUGCAAUCUGAGAAGAGCCUCCCGAAUUCCGAAUUGCACUGCCAGCAGAAGCAGUCACUUUGUAAAUUUAAACCCUAAAAGAAAAUGUGGAGUGGACUAUUACCACCUGGGAUGAAUGAAAGUGAUAUUGAAUUGAGUUCUGAGGAUGAGACUACAUUGAAAAUCUCAAAACUUAGUUCAAAGGAAGAUAAGGGAGAUGGUGUGACGGAAGAAGUUGGGUUUUCUGUUUUCCGUCCUGGUGGAUCUAAAAAUGAGGCAGAGACAAAUGCAAAAAAUGCUGAUGAAGAGUGUCCAUCUGGAAUUCCCCAAAAUGUGUGGAAUAAGUUUCAAAAGUUACAUAAAAAACAUUCUGAACUGAAAACCUUAAGUAUUUCUACAAGCAAGGGGAGCAAAAGAAAACGUUCUAGAAAAGGUAAAUUGAAGAAUAAAGAAGAGGCUGACAGUCAACAAUCUUCAAAUGAAGCCCAGUGGCAGGAGCUUACUCAGUAUUUUGGAAUAAAUGAUAAGUUUGAACCCUUCAUAAGUAAUAGAGCUCUUCUGAAGUCAGGCCUUGAAGUGAGCAUCGACAAAUCUGUGGCUGAAGGGGAUAUUGAAAAGGCAGAAGAACUCAGUAAUAGGUUAGCUGCUCGAGAGCUUGGCGUAAAAAUUGCCAAAGCUGUUGCUUGCCGCAACUUUGUAAAAGCUAAAAAAGAUGCUGAAACUUCACAAGAGGCUCAAAAAAAGAAGAAACUUGCAUGGGGGUUUGAAGCAAAGAAGAGAUGGGAAACCAAAAGCAACAUGGGAUAUAUGUAACUAGGCCUUCGUCCUUGAAAAGUUGUAUCUUACUGCUCAAAGGGAGCCCGCUAAAUCUGAUACCAGUUAGGGAAAGUAAACAGCAGAUUAGUGGGUCAAUUCUCCCUAUUUUUUCAACCUUUUAAAAAAAUGUAUAUUAUUUUGUUUAAAAAAUUAGUUUUUCUUAAUAAAUAUGAGAAUAUAGUUAAGAAAAAAUAUAAGGGAAAUAAUGUAUACAUACAUCAGUGCUUAAAGUAUUAAUGAAGUCAUUGAUAUGGAUAUACCUGCUAUUGGUUCACAUUGAAAUCCCUCUUUAUGCCAUAGAAAAUAAUAUUUAUUUGAUUGCCAUGGCCAAAGUAAUUUUGUCUUCUGGUGGCUUUCCAAGCAUGGUUAGGCUGUUGGUCAGAACAGGUAUACUCUGUGAGCAGGCCUUGCCAAACUUACUGUAAUAGCCUUGCAGGACUCGGGAUCACUUGCACUGUUAAGGUAUCAGUUGGACUUUAUUGGAGUAAUAUAUUUAUAUACAGCAAAAAUUACUUGCUUUCCACUAUUUGAUGAAUAUUUAGCAAUUGAAAUCUGUGUAACUUAAAUAUUUAUGAUCAUAAACUAUCCUCAUAGAUUUUCUUUUUUAAAUAAUUGUAUUUAUUUGUUAGUAAGUAGGUCAUAAGUAUGCUUAAGAGCAUGUAACCAAACCAGCCAAAAAACAUUCAGUUCUAAUACAAAUGAUGUUUUGUCUAAAUAUUUUUUUCUAGAAAAUUGGGUUUUGUUUUGUUUUUCCCAUGGCUGCUUGGUAAAAGUCAAUGAAUAAUUUUAAGUACCUUUGAGGAUGGAAAAUGUCAUACAGUUUGCUUUGGUUUAAAUUCUUCCUGAGAAUACACAUAGACUACUCACGUCUCAUUGUCUCUUUUAUCCCUGUGGUUCUUUGAAUUUUAAUGUUCUUCUUAGAUAGCAUAUUAGUCAUGAAGUUUGGAUAUUGAUAAAUAGAUAAUCAUUUUGAUAUUACUUGGAAAAUAAUGUUUUAAAUUCUUUAAAUAUAUGGUUUGUAUUAUUUCAUUCUUCUUUCUCUUUGUUUACGCACACUCUCUCUCUCUCUCUCAAUUAUUUUGGAGAGUGGAUACCUUGAAAGAUAUCUUACCUGUCAUCAUAGAGUAUAGGAAAAUAUGCUAGCAUUGCAGAAUUCUAAAAUGAACUUCAAAAGAUCUUGUAGAGAGCACAUAAGCUGUCCCACAAAUGGUUGUUUAUUCUUUGCAUCAAUUUCUCCAAAAAAAACGAUCAUAUCACUGUGUUGGUCUCAGUUCUCAGAGGUGGAGAAAAGCUUAUCACCAUUGUCAUCAGCUAAUGUUUUCUUCUGAGGCCAAAUAAUCCUAAUUCCUCUGAAUGACUUCCAGUUAUCUAAUCUAAACCAUCUCAGGGGUUAUACACAGUUCACACUAUGAAAAAUCAAACUCAGAUUUUUUAUGUGAAUAUAAAUGUGAAUUGAAUACCAUACAUGAAAUAUUCAAGGAGAUGGUGUGCAGGUAUGCCUUUAAGAAAGUCCAACAAAUACAAAUCUGAAUUUUUAGAAGAUAUAUAUUUAACACAUUAUAUUUCAAAAGAUUUUUGGAAUCAUGGACUAGUAGACCUGAAGAUUUUUGUGGCUACAGAUAUUAAGACUCAGAGACAUGACAUAACUUGUCCAAAAUCAUAGUCAGUCAGUAGUAGAAUCAGAAUUAGAACCAAGGUCUUAUUAAUUGUCAGUGCAGUGCUCUUUAGAGUGCUCUGUAGUUUCUAUUCAAUGUGAUUUGGUUUUUACAUAACUUUUCCAGAACAGUUUUACAGUGAAAUAUAUCUAUACUAUCCAGAGCAUUAGGUAGGUUUUACAUUAUGAGCAUUAAUGUUGCUUUUUGUGUUUGGGGGAAAGGGAAUGGUUCGUUGUUGUUUGAGGUCAUAGAAGUCAUUGUUUUCCAUUUAAGGAAUGAUGAUUCAUUGGGGAAAUAGAACUUCAACAGCUCUUUUACCCAGUUUUAUAAUUCAUCUUAAGAAUAUGAACUGAACAUCUUAUUGUUUUUCAAUUUCUGUUUUUCUCUUUAUACAUGACAUGUCUUUGAGGGUACAGUUACAUGCCAUUUAUAGAAUCCCUGUUAUAUUCAAAGUCAUUCUAAAUGUCUAAGAGAGGUGAUAAGGCAUAUUGUAAUACUAACCAUUGUAUAGACCUAUUCUGUAAGGAAGUACCUAAAAUUUUGUUCAGAGAAAAUUUUCUAUAGCAGCAGGUAUUAAUUCUCUGAUUUAUUAGAUACAUUGUUUAAAAACAUAAUUUUCUGGAAAAAAAAUGAAAGAUUGCUGUGCUUGUUGUAACUGUGAUAUAAUGGAAAGAGGAAUAUACUAGUCAUCAGAAGACCAGUCAGAAGACUUGUUUUUAGUAUGGGUUCCACCACUAACAGUGUCACUUUGAACAAAUCAUUUCAGCUUUCUAGGCUCUAGUUUUUUCUCAUUUGUAAAAUGGGGAUAUUGCCAUCUGCUCUCUCACCGGAGUAUAGUAAAACACCAAUGAAAAAGCACUUUGAAAACUAUUAAACCUGUGCAAAUGAAAAGGCUAGGGAAUAUGUUUUCCUUCUACCUAUUCCUUCUUUCUACUUCCCUUAGGCCUAUUUCCUUCAGGCAUUGUCUAACUUCAGGGGUAGUGCUCAAGGCUAAAAAUCCUUCCUGAUUCACAAGUUCAGCUCUAGUAACUGAUAUGGCAAGAUUUUGAGAAGUGUUAGAAAGUCAAACUACUCAAAAGAUUUUCCGAUUGCCUGAAAUUUCCCACAUUAGACUUCUUGAAGCCUUAGGGAGUUGUGUGUUUUAAGGUACUUGUUAAAGGGCUCUAAGGGUAUAGGAUCUAGAAGUUAUCUCAGGUGUGGGGAAGGGCCAGGGAACAGUUCACAGCUCCUGGAUGCUGCUUGAGCGCUGCCACCAUGGCAGUCCAGCAUAGGGACAGUAUAGGGGUCCUUUUGAACGAUUGUGUCUGAGUGGAAAUAGGUGGGAGAGGUGAUGCUGAAGGUAGCAGCCAUCAGUGGAGAACCUAGGAUCUACCACAUCUGCUCUCAGGGCACUGCCAGAAGUGCCUUGAGCUGCCUGUGCAGAUGCAUUAUCCCACAUGGGGUGUUUUUAGCCAAUCAUGGAUUUCAUUUGUGUAGAGAGCAAUGAUGAGGCAGUUUCCCUGCCGGGCCAGACAAGCCCCUUUUCUGUUCAGGGUAUCCUACUCACAGUCUGGCCAAGCAGAGACCUUGGUCUCCCAGGCUCUGGGACCAGCUCACUGUUGAUUCUCUAUGGCAUACUGCCUCUCCAUCUUCUAUCAUAUGAAUUAGAAAUUUUACUCUGUCAUUUUUAAAAACAAAAUGAUUGAUGCAGUGAUCAUGCUACACAUGUAUGUGGCUAAUAACAUUCUCCAUACUGUUCUCAGCAAGAAGAAGGGUACAUUCUAGAGAAGUAAUAACUCUACUACCUGAAGCUUCUACAUAUACAUUUGCUGCCCCAAGAAUGCUGGAGUUAAAUUAGUAAUGUAAAUGUCAGUUAUUGUUAACAGAGAUUAAUAUGUUUCAGGCCACCGGUAUGGCAUUAAUGUAGCUGGUUUAUUGUUUAAGUCCUUCAGGCUAAAACAACUUACCAAAGAAUAGUAAUUUCAAGCUUUACAGCAUUGAUUCUGAGAACUAAAGUUUGCAGUGCAUUUUUGUUUGGCAGCCCUCGGGAUGUUUCUGAUUUUUCAGUAGAACAUUCUAUUUCUUUCACCAAGAGGAGAGUUUGAAUAUGGUAAUCUAAGGCCAGUUAUAAUUAGUUCUGAUGACAGACUUAAAUACCACUGCCAAGGUUGUAAAUCAGUAGCUAAACAGGUUUCUACAACUGAUUAUAAAUCUCUUAACUCCAUAUUUUAAAUGCUUCUAUUUUUGAGGUAGACAGAUAUGAAUGGGGAGGACAGGGAUAGGAAUAAAAUGUUAUUUAACUUUGGACAUUGGCUUAGAAUGUCAAAUAUCAAGUCUUCAGAUAAAAACUUAUAUGCUAACAAAUUUUGUUUCUUCAGUAUCUUCUUGCUUGAGUUGUUCCUAUGUUUUUGGUUUGUCAUUUGAUACUAUUAUUUUUUAGUGCAGUAAACUUUGUUUCACUUGUAAAAUACUAAGAAUGUUUAGUGAUAUAAAUUUAAAGUGAAUACAUAAUAUAUUAGUACAAAUUGUAUAUUUUUGUUUAUAAAGUUUUAUGUAUCUGCUGUCUUUUUUAAUACUCAAAAAAACCCAAACCUGUGAUGAGGUAGUACAAAUGUUACUCUCUUGUUUCCAUGUGAUAGAAGAAGACACAGGUUCAGAGAAAUCAUAGAGCCAAAUAAACCUCACUGAGCCUUAAACUUCA